AUGGAGGAGAGAAUUUCGGGCUUUUUCGUCAAACCUGCAGGAGGAGCCAACAACAACAACAACAAUAUUCGAGCUCGAGGUGGUGGCAACAAUGGCGGUUCAGGCACAAAGUGUGGACGGUGGAAUCCGACGACGGAGCAAGUAAAGGUGUUGACAGACUUGUUCCGGUCGGGUCUCCGUACUCCUAGCACCGAUCAGAUUCAGAAGAUUUCAACUCAGUUGAGCUUUUACGGGAAGAUCGAAAGCAAGAAUGUUUUCUACUGGUUUCAGAACCAUAAAGCUCGAGAAAGACAGAAGCGAAGAAAAGUUUCUGUUCAUCAAGAUGAUCAAGAUCAUAGUUUUUUUCAGUCCGAUGAUCAUAGCAGAUUGCUGCUUUCAUCUUCUGAUCCAAAACAUUUGGUGGAGGUAAAUCAUCAAGGAUUAAUGUCAAAGCAAGAAAGAGUGAUUGAAACCCUGCAACUUUUUCCAUUAAACUCCUUUGAAGAAUCAGAGAAAGAGAAGAUGAGAUUACAUGCAAAUGAUCGUCAUCAUCAUCAUCAUCAUGCUACUCCAACAACAUUCUCAUCAUAUUCAUGUGGGACAGAGAUAGAUCAUCACCCACCUUUGGAUCUUCGUUUAAGCUUCCUGUAA